UUAAUAUUCAUUUAUUUAUGCAAAUUUUCAAUAAGUGAACUGUUGAUCAUAAAGUUAAUUUGAAUCAGUAUUUCAAAUUCACCAUUCCAAAUGUGUAUGUAUUUUCUAGUGAAUGAACUGUUCGGUAUUUCAAAAUUUCUAAAACAAGAUUACAAGCACGACUGAAGAAAACAAUUAUUUAAAAUUAGUUGAAGAUGGCGUUAAUUUUAAAGAAAAUUUUCACAAAUUAUCAUUACACAUUUGAAGAAUUAGCAGAUAAAAGGGUGAUAGAAUUAGACCUGUUUUUAAUGUCAUCUCCAAUCAAGCCUGUCCUAUUAAUAGCUGCGUACUUCUAUUUUAUAUAUAACUUAGGACCUAGAUUGAUGAAAGAUCGGAAGCCAUUUGAACUAAAAUGGGUUUUAAGGAUAUUUAAUCUUUUCCAAAUUUUAUCAAAUACAUUUAUUGUAGCAAGGGCUUCUCAUGUAAUAUGGAACCACAUGAAUUGGAGUUGUGAAAAAAUAGAUUACUCAAAUAAUCCCCACGCUGUGUGGCUACUAAAAACGUAUCACCUAUUUUUCUUAACUAAAGCUAUGGAUAUGUUGGACACUGUGUUUUUCGUUUUGAGAAAAAGAUACCAUCAAGUAACGUUUUUGCAUGUAUACCAUCAUUUCGGAAUGUUAGUUUUGAUGUGGAUGACGGUAAAAUUUUUUGGCGGCGGCUACGGGACAUGGGUGGGCCUUAUCAAUGGUUCGGUUCAUGCAAUAAUGUACGUUUACUACUUCUUGUCAUCGUUGGAUGAAAAAUGGAAGCGAAGUAUAUGGUUUAAAAAGUUAAUUACUCAAAUUCAAAUGGUUCAAUUUUUGACAUUCUCACUUAUCUAUGGACGACUAUUGUUCAAUGAUUGCGAGUAUCCCAAGCUUCUAAGUUAUUUCUUUGUACCUCAAAACUUCUUUAUGCUGCUACUCUUUUCCAAUUUCUACGAAAAGGCUUACGUGGAGAAAAAAAGAGGAUAAAAACUUUUCCAGAAUCAAAGAGAUUGUGAAUCUUAUCUGCCAGACAUCUAGAACACUUACUUUUCUGCAAUCGUACAAAACACAUUAUUUUUCCAUGUUUUUUUUUAAUAAUUGUAUUAUAUAUUAUACUCUAAUAAAUUUUUUUAUAUUUUCCCUUUUAAA